AGCCAUUAGAACCCAACAACUGAUAACAAAACACGCCCCAAUUAAUAUUUAACCUUUAAUGAUUCAAAAUGGCGGAUCCAGAGCUAACCAAAGCAUUCUCUGAACAUCAUACGAAAAUGAUAGAAACAAAUGCUAAUGUGACCAGAAUCCAGCAGCAGAUAGAGGACCAUAAAUCAACAGCAAGGAGCUCACAACUGACAGAGAGAGUCAUAGUAUCUCUACCCGAAGGAACAAGACUAUAUGAGAGCAUUGGAAGAUUGUUUGUUCUUACAGCAGCUGCUGAGGUGAAGGAGCACAUGAAAACCAACCAAGAGGAAGCACAGCAAAAGAUUAAGCAAUUAGAGAAAGAGAAGCAGACGUGGGAGACUAACUUGAAGCAGUCAGAAGCAAGCAUCAGGGAGCUUGUGUCUCAGAAAAGAAAAUAAUUCUUCAAGACAAAAAUAACAAAUAUAAUAAUAAUAAUAAUAAUAAUAAUAAUAAUAAUAAUUACAAGGAUGAAAUGAGAUGACUAUCAUGUACAACUAGCAGUAAA